AUGGCCGCUCUGAAGCGACUGGUCCCGUCGUUGAACCGCGUGCUGGUGGAGAAGAUCGUGCCACCCGCCAAGACCAACACUGGUAUCCUGCUGCCGGAGAAGACCACCAAGGUAUCUUCAUCUCUAGCUAACUCUCUUACAGCUAAGGGAGACACGUCUUUGCUUUACGUAAGAUGAUGAUGAUAGUUGAGGCUUUUAGCAUCAGAUUUUUCCUCUGGGUACUUUGUAUUUUACUUGUGUAGCCAUCGUUUUCUGUUUCUUUCUGUGAAUGCCUGUGAGCCUUUGUUCCUACUCGUCUAGUAUUGCAUUCGUAAGCUUUUGCUCUUCAGUUGAUAUCGGUGUUUCAUAUCUUAGAGCACAUUUGAACGUGGAUUUAUUUUUUUCUGUAUUUUCUUCCUCCGUGACUGUUGCAUUAUGGCUGCCAUUUGCCAGGAGAACAUCUUUUUCUUCAUUAUUAUCUUGGUCACUUUUUCCAUCUGUUUAAUACCAAGGAAUUGGGACCAUCGGAGGCAGAAAUCCAAUGUCAUUACAUCUAGACAAUCUAAGGUCUUUUAUCUGGUGGAUAGGUCGAUUGUUCGAUUGACAAGCGCGUCUUCGUUGGAGUGCUAGUGUCUCAAGAGACCAUUAAAAACUUGGGCCCUGAUCGACAUCAGAGAGAAAAGCAUUGAGUUUUAGGUUUUGAAAUUAUUAGAACGCUCGAACUCGUGGUGGAUUUUCUUCCUGUUGCAGUGCUGUAUGGGGUAUACGAUCGGUCAAGUGCAAUCUGUAUCAACCAACUAAUGUUGUGUAGAUUAACAUCUGCAAUCGAAGUGCGUCUGUCAACUUGCUGGAAGGGUGUCAACAGGGGACAUGCUGUACCAGUUCUUUAAUCCAUAGGCAAAUACAGACUGCGAAAGGGGUUGUGUGCUGGCAACAAACAUUUCGCUGUAAAGGCCUGAUACCAAAUGAUUUAUAAUUAUCGUUGUAUCUUGUUUACUUUCAAGCGUUGAAGUUUGAAAAAGCAUUCUAGGUUGGCGAUGGGGAUGAGUGGCUGAGGUGAUAAACUUGUCCCUACUGGUUUUCUACCAAAAUUUCUUGUGAGUUAUUUUCAAAUACUUGUGAAUUGCAACCGAAAGACUUGAAUAAGCUUGUUAAUUGCAAUCAAAAUGAUCGUACUUUGAUUCGGUUGAUCGCAACAUGACUUGAAUAAGCUUCUAGUGGUCUGAAGUGGCCUCAUAUGCAUUCCUUUUUGACAAUAUAUCGUCUUAUGGUAAUGGCAUGGUGCUUUUUAAUGCCUUGUGGAUCAAGAUAAUGAAUUAAACAACUGUUAGCAAGAAAUCCUUAGCUGUCAUGAAUUCUCCUCUGCUCAUUCCUAUGGUGAUGUCUCUGGUGGAUUGGAGCGGAUGCAUUUGGCACAGGUUUCGAGGGGUGCAUUGGAGAUUGUGUCAGGAUGCUCAUUUCAAUUUAAAGUCUCAAUGGAAGUGGCGUUAGAAGGGCAGUUUAUUUUUUUCGGUUGAUGUUGGCAGCUCCCAGGAUGACAGUCUAGAAACGAUUUGUACACAUUUACCUCAUUUAAUCUGCAGAGUUGCAAUGUUUUUCUGGGAGACCACGCCGUGCUGCAUCUUUCGCCUGUAUACAGUUACUAUGAGCUAUUGUCUUGGUAUUUGUAAGGUCUUCAAAAACGACAAAUCUACAACCUUAAAGGAACGGGUCUACUGUGAAAGUGUUGGCUGAGGAGAAGGGGAAUUUGAGCUUGGGUGGAAGAUGGUGGAAGAUGCUUAUGAUGCUGUUGUGACCUCUGUGAAGGCCACAAUAAAGGAAUAGGACCACCAAUCAGGAGGGUCAGAUAGAUGGGAUCUAGAGUGAUUACCGGUGGUUGGAGUAGUUGACUAACAAGAUGGACGAUGUGGUGGUGGCAAUGAGGACCUCGUGCUUGAGAUAUUGAGGGUCGAACAUUUGGGGGAGGUGAAAAAUUCCAGAGGUCCUUCCAUUGAAUGAAAUGAAGAAAUAUGGUCAAAACGCCAACCGGAGAUAAGGGCAAUAUUUUUUGGCAACACGUUUAGCAGAUGAAUGUUCCUUGGGAGAAUAAGAGGGAUCUAUGAAGAUAGAUUUGUAGCAAGUGUGUGGUGAGAUGACAGUGCUUAGGUAAAAAGAAAAGCUUUAUGGUGGCUUGGUGGAUAUAUAUGGAUGUAAGUAGGCAACACGGUUAGGAUAUGCAGGAUCUGUUGCCUCUAAAACUUUCUUGUUUGUUCUCUUGUAUCAGUAGCGUAUGUCUUUAAUUUCUUAUCUUUCCUCAUCCCCCCCCCCCCGAUAUCUCAGAUGCUUGGUCGCUUUUUUCCUUCUGAUAUUUCUCCCGCUUUUUUAAGCUUUCUUUCGUAACGAUAAAUCUAGAUGCUAAAUAUAUUUCCUUCUGAUUGCCCAAAUUUCAUAUGAACUAAAUUCUCUUACUUUUGUCUGUCUGUAAUAGCUGAACUCUGGAAAAAUCGUAGCGGUGGGUCCUGGCGCCCGUGAUAGAAAUGGAAAUCUCAUCCCUGUGGCAUUCAAGGAAGGGGACCAUGUCCUUCUGCCUGAGUACGGGGGUACAGAAGUAAAACUGGGCGACAAAGAGUAUGCUCUCCACUACCUUAGAUUCAUAUCUCUGUCUUCUUGCUCUUCCUCAAUUACUUAAUUGGGUGGUGGCGUCAUACUUCCAAGAAAAACAUCUUCGGAAUUGUCUUUUUAGAUUGGUGACAAAAUCAUUUAAUAUUACUAUUACCGAAGGGAGUUUCUUUUUCCCAAAUUUUUUUUUCACCGAAUUGAGAGCCGAAUUGCUGCCAAGAAUUACAAGCCAGAAAUACCCGGAUUCGUAGCGAGUCCCCUCCAUCCUCAUAAUUCAUACAUUUAUGUUCUAUCAGAUCCUAUUUUUUUUUAUUUUUUUUUUCAGUUGUUUUCGCCUUCUUUUGAUCUUCGGAAUCGGAAGUGAGAAAUUCCGGCUCUCCACCCACAGAACCCCCUGAACACGAGAUUCAUCAUUUCGGGGAUAUCAAAAGAUAAAAACAAUGUUUUGUCUAGUUGAUCAAAGUCGCGGGAUAAAUUUAUUUUUUUAUAAUCAACCAUUAUCACAUUGGUAAAGAUAUGUUUUGACUUUUUUUAAAUAAAAAAAUUGGGUUCUAGGGAAACUGGAACCCAAAAUAUUAACGUGUUUUGGUUAACCAAAAUCAUGUAUUACCGAAGGCAAGUUUUUUUUUUUUUGCUCUAGGAAUAAAAUAAAGAUAUACUUUCGUUCUAGUAUCACGCUAACCCAAAGGUAGCUUAAUGAUUACUAACUAUAUUCUGACCUUAUGACUUAAGAUAAAAUCUAACUUAGCAAUCUUAUUUUGGGGGGUGAACUCUCUCAGGUACCAUCUUUUCAGAGAAGACGACGUCCUGGGAACGCUUCAUGAGUAG